AUGCCGGCGGGCAUGACGAAGCAUGGCUCGCGCUCCACCAGCUCGCUGCCGCCCGAGCCCAUGGAGAUCGUACGCAGCAAGGCGUGCUCACGCCGGGUGCGCCUCAACGUCGGGGGCCUGGCGCACGAGGUGCUGUGGCGCACUCUGGACCGCCUGCCCCGCACGCGGCUGGGCAAGCUCCGGGACUGCAACACGCACGACUCUCUGCUCCAAGUGUGCGACGACUACAGUCUUGAGGACAAUGAGUAUUUCUUCGACCGCCACCCGGGCGCCUUUACCUCCAUUCUCAAUUUCUACCGCACGGGCCGCCUGCACAUGAUGGAGGAGAUGUGCGCGCUGAGCUUCAGCCAGGAGCUGGACUACUGGGGCAUCGAUGAGAUCUACCUGGAGUCCUGCUGUCAGGCCCGCUACCACCAGAAGAAGGAGCAGAUGAACGAGGAGCUGAAGCGCGAGGCCGAGACUCUGCGGGAGCGGGAGGGCGAGGAGUUCGACAACACGUGCUGCGCCGAGAAGAGGAAGAAACUCUGGGACCUGCUGGAGAAGCCCAACUCAUCGGUGGCCGCCAAGAUCCUGGCCAUCAUCUCCAUCAUGUUCAUCGUCCUCUCCACCAUUGCCCUGUCUCUCAACACACUGCCCGAGCUACAGAGCCUGGACGAGUUUGGCCAGAGCACAGAUAACCCUCAGCUGGCGCACGUGGAAGCGGUAUGCAUUGCGUGGUUCACCAUGGAGUACUUGCUGAGGUUCCUGUCCUCGCCCAAGAAAUGGAAGUUUUUUAAGGGCCCUCUCAAUGCCAUUGACUUACUGGCUAUCCUGCCCUACUAUGUCACCAUCUUCCUCACGGAAUCCAACAAGAGCGUGCUGCAGUUCCAGAAUGUGCGCCGUGUGGUCCAGAUCUUCCGCAUCAUGCGCAUCCUUCGCAUCCUGAAGCUGGCCCGCCACUCCACAGGCCUCCAGUCCCUGGGUUUCACACUACGCAGGAGCUACAACGAGCUGGGCUUGCUCAUCCUCUUUCUCGCCAUGGGCAUCAUGAUCUUCUCCAGCUUGGUCUUCUUUGCCGAGAAGGAUGAGGAUGACACUAAGUUCAAAAGCAUCCCCGCCUCUUUCUGGUGGGCCACUAUCACCAUGACAACCGUUGGGUAUGGAGACAUCUACCCUAAGACUCUCCUGGGGAAAAUCGUGGGCGGCCUCUGCUGCAUCGCUGGGGUCCUGGUGAUCGCCCUUCCCAUUCCCAUCAUCGUCAAUAACUUCUCGGAAUUCUACAAGGAGCAGAAGCGGCAGGAGAAAGCCAUCAAGCGGAGAGAGGCUCUGGAGAGAGCCAAGAGGAAUGGCAGCAUCGUGUCCAUGAACAUGAAGGAUGCCUUCGCCCGGAGCAUCGAGAUGAUGGACAUCGUGGUCGAGAAAAACGGAGAGAGCAUGGCUAAGAAGGAUAAAGUGCAGGAUAACCACCUGUCUCCCAACAAGUGGAAAUGGACCAAGAGGGCACUAUCUGAGACCAGCUCAAGCAAGUCCUUUGAAACCAAGGAGCAGGGGUCCCCUGAGAAGGCCAGGUCGUCUUCUAGUCCUCAGCACCUGAAUGUCCAGCAGCUGGAAGACAUGUACAAUAAGAUGGCCAAGACGCAGUCCCAACCCAUCCUCAAUACCAAGGAGAUGGCACCGCAGAGUAUGCCGAAGGAGGAGCUGGAGAUGGAAAGUAUGCCCAGCCCCGUGGCCCCUCUGCCCACACGCACGGAAGGCGUCAUCGACAUGCGGAGCAUGUCCAGCAUCGACAGCUUCAUCAGCUGUGCUACAGACUUCCCUGAAGCCACCAGAUUCUCCCACAGUCCUCUGGCUUCCCUCCCCAGCAAGGCUGGGGGCAGCACAGCUCCAGAGGUAGGCUGGCGGGGGGCUCUGGGUGCCAGUGGUGGGAGACUCAUGGAGGCCAACCCCACUCCUGAGGCCAGCCGCUCUGGCUUCUUCGUUGAGAGUCCCAGGAGUUCCAUGAAGACCAACAACCCCAUGAAGCUCCGAGCGCCCAAGGUCAAUUUCAUGGAGGGCGAUCCCAGCCCGCUGCUGCCCUCUCUGGGGAUGUACCAUGAUCCUCUUAGGAACAGAGGGGGUGCAGCAGCUGCGGUCGCAGGGCUGGAGUGCGCCUCACUCUUGGACAAGCCUGUGCUGAGCCCAGAGUCCUCCAUCUACACCACAGCAAGUGCCAGGACACCCCCUCUCUCCCCUGAGAAACACACAGCAAUAGCGUUCAACUUUGAGGCGGGCGUCCACCAAUACAUAGACACAGACACAGACGAUGAGGGGCAGCCGCUCUACAGCGUGGACUCCAGUCCUCCCAAGAGUAUCCACGGGAGCACCAGCCCCAAGUUCAGCAUCGGAACUAGAACGGAGAAGAAUCAUUUCGAAAGCUCCCCCUUGCCCACCUCCCCUAAGUUCCUGAGGCCGAACUGUGUCUACUCCUCAGAAGGGUUGACUGGGAAAGGCCCCGGAGCUCAAGAGAAGUGCAAGCUGGAGAACCACACCUCCCCCGACGUGCGCAUGCUGCCUGGGGGAGGAGCACACGGGAGCACUCGGGAUCAGGGCAUCUGA